AUGGCGGGCUACGACAGAUUCAGCAUUCAAGUCCAGCUUCAGCAUCUGCAGAGCAAAUACCAGGGCACUGGCAACGCUCAAACGACGAAACUCGAGUGGGCCACAAGCAUCCAGCGCGACACUUUGGCGUCGCACGUCGGGCACUAUCCGCGACUUGCGUACUUUGCCGUCGUGGAGAACGAAAACAUCAAGAGGCUGCGCUACCGCUUCCUCAACCAACUUGCGCGGCCGGUGGCGUUUCCAGCCGACGAGGCAGACAAGGAGGAAGGUGUAGAGAAGAAAAACGGCGAAGAGAAGGAGGACCGCAUGAAAGAAGAUGAAAACUGA